AUUUUUAUGGUCAUCACUACAACCAUUGGAGUAUGUUGAUGAAGAAUUUCCUUAGGUCCAAAGAGUAUUGGACAAUUGUUGAAGUUGGAAUUCCAAAACCAGCGGUAGGUGCAAAUGAUGCACAAAGGGUAGAAAUUGAGAAGGAAAAGUUGAAAGAUCUCAAGGCUAAGAACUAUUUGUUCCAAUCCAUUGAUUGGGUUAUCUUAGAAACAAUCCUUAACAAGUCUACUUACAAGACUAUUUGGGAUUCCAUGAAGAAGAAGUACCAGGGCAAUGAAAGAGCAAAGCAGUAGAAAUGCCAGGCUUUGCGAGUAGAAUUCGAAGGUCUGCAAAUGUAGAUUGGUGAAUCUGUAGAUGACUAUUUUUUAAGGACGAUGGCAAUUGCAAACAAGAUGAGGAUCCAUGGUGAACAUCUAGAGGAUGUUGCCAUAGUUAAGAAAAUUCUUUGGUUUAU